CGGGAAACUGGACACUACAAUCAUCGUGAUGAAUCAAGGUGUCAGAGACAGAUAAGUUUCUCAAGAAAAAGUUAAUUAUGGAAACUUUUCACGUUUCUGUGGGUUUUAAAACGCCAUAAGAUGCGAAGAAAAAACUUACAGAUGGAUUGGUGACCUUUCAAACCGAAAUAUUUACUAAGUUCACCAUGUUUCGGUCGAAGAAAAAGGACAAGAGGAGUGACUCAAACCCACCUGUCAGCCCUGGCCACCACAUUAUUCCACCAGAAGACCUAAAGGCUUUGGAAGAACUUGGCGAAGGGCAGUAUGGUGUUGUGGAACUGGGAGAGUGGAAACCGCCAAAUGCAAAAGAUAAGAUACUUGUGGCAAUCAAAUCCAUCAAGGAUACUGGUGAAGAGCAGCUGAGAGAGGUUCUAAUGGAAGUAAAUACCAUGCAACGACUCUCUCAUGAUAACAUUGUUAAAUUGUUUGGUGUUACUCUUCCCACAAGAGAUUCGGAUCAACUAAAGCUGAUAACAGAAUUUGCUGCUUAUGGUUCUCUGGAAGAAAACCUCAAGAAGAACGAAAUAGAGAUAUGCCAGGUGUCCUCAUUGUGUAAAUUUGCCAUGCAAGUAGCAAACGGAAUGAGCUACCUGGCCAACCAGAGUUUAGUCCACCGUGAUUUGUCUGCAAGAAAUAUUCUUGUUUUUGAACCAGCUUUGGUGAAGAUAAGUGACUUUGGAUUAGCUCGCUCACUAGAAGGAGGAGCUUCUGCACAGAUCACAGUUGACAGAAAAAUGGCAGUUGCUUGGUUACCACCAGAGUCCAUAAAGGAGAAUCAGUUUAUACUUCCAAGUGAUGUGUGGAGUUAUGGGAUCACUCUGUGGGAAAUGUUUUCCUUUGGUCAAACCCCUUGGGCUGAAAUGUCACUUCUACAGAUCAAGAUGAUGCUUGUAAAUGAGCCAGACAAACAACUUCUAAAACCCGAUGCAUGUCCAGAUGGUUUUUAUGACGUCAUGUUAAGCUGUUGGAAGCGUGAUGCUGAAGAAAGACCGAGUUUUGAAGAAAUUUACAACAUCAUAUCGAAAUUCCAGCCUAAGGAGGCAAUAACAAAAAUCGCGCACCACACCAAGGAGGAGGGCCAUCUCAGUUACAAGAAUAAAGUGAAAGUGACUAUCAUCAGAAGAGGAAAGAGAGGUAUGUGGUAUGUUCAAAGUGAAUGCGGUAAAACAGGGCUGGUGCAUGAGAAGAACUUGGACUUCAACAAAAAAGCCCUGCAAAAACAUGCAAGUAACAAUCCAACGAGUAACAUCGGGCGACCAUUUAACAUUUCAAGAAAAAGCUCCCAAAAGGGGUUGAGCCAUUCGCAAAAAGGUGCCGCCGCCACUCCUGGGAAAACGAUCACUGAGGUUGUAGAGGACAGAGGCGUUAAAAAUUUGAUGGACUUUGGAGAUGAUACAGCACAAGACCCCACAAAUCCGCUUAGUCCAGAUCGUUACACAGGUCACCCAGGCAUAGACCACGGGAAUAUACCACAGGCUACUACUGCUGCGCAAUGCCCUGUGUACAUUCCCAUGGUUGACAGGAAGUGUGCCCCAGAAUUUGUUCCUGAGGAUAGAUAUCCAGAGGAAAGCGUUUUGAGUUCGGAGGAAGACUACAUGAGUAUGGACCAUCAGAAUCGUGUUCCUCGAGGCAGUGAUGCCGGUGACUAUGCCGCGCUAAAGGAGGACGCAAGCAUUCCUGAACCUUUAACACAGUCGGAGUCAGAAGCUCAUGGAUUGGAAACCGAACAGGAAUACGCUGUUCCAUUUACAACGCAUAAGGACAGAAGUGGUUCGACAGACGAACCCUCACUCGAGCAUUCAUCAAGCUCGAGUCAAAAUGCUGGUACACGCACGCUCCAAAUUCCUCUUCGUCUAAACCUUCAGACAAACACAAUGAAUUCCUUGGGAACCGGUAGAAGCUGCCCACCUGAAGGAAUAUUAUCCUCGAGCCCUUUUGGAACAUCACCGAGAAGGAGACCUGUCCCAACCCCGAGAACAAAGAAACCUCGACCAGCUUCCGAUGGUGAUGAAAAUUUCUUCGAUAUUAAAGACAAUUUGCCCAGAAGUUCGAAUUUAGAGAGUAUUUUUACCCCAGCCAGGCCGAAUGGGACCCAGAAGUCCGUUUAUAAAAAAGUACCUCCGCCAAUUCCUAUUCCAUAUCAUUGCGCAAAACGCGCGCCAAAAACGACUGAAGAUCGUAGCAAUGAAGUGGGUCUCGACGAAAUUGCUGAGCUGAGCCUGGAAGGAAGGCCAGAUGAGAGAGAUGAUGACGAGCACGAGUUCCAGUUAGAAAUGCAAGACCAGCCGUCGGAAGCAGACUUAAAGUCUGAGCAACCAUUGAAGAACAAACACUACAUCAUAGUCAAAACUCCUGUUUCCAUUGGGGAUUCUUUAACAUUACCAAAUUCACACGGUCAAGAAUUGUCGAGCAGGUCCCAAACUGCUCUUGGUGCAGCCCAUAAUGGCUAUCCAAUACAAGACCGCGUCUAUGAGAACGCCAAAACGUUAAAUCCAUCACCAGGUAGCCAGAGAGAUCUUUCACCCAAUGGAGAGGAUGAGUUUGAAGAUACUCAACCAAUUUACGACAUACCACUCAAUUUACCAAUGCCACCAGAAAUUCCUCCGGAAGUCUUAAACCAGCCCCCACCCUCCCGCGACAAACUCUUUGGUGGAUCCUUGAGUAACCAACUUUCCGUCCUAGCUAGCUGGGAGGAUGCGUCGGGUAUGAAUGAUUGGCCCCUCGGCGUUGAACACGUGAAUGCAGUGAACCAACUUCCAAAUUCGGCCGCCCAAUUUGUUGAACCACACGAACCAUUCAAUCCUGUUGGACCUGCCAACCCAAAUGAACUUGUUGAUCCGUUUACCCAACCUGAUGAUCAAGUUCAAACUUCCGAGGAAGGGACAUACGGAGAGGAGAUAGAUGGAGGGAUCCGCGAGAUUCGCCGAAUCUGUGGGGAAGAGUUGGCUCGAGACUGGUGCUAUGCAGCUCUGUUACAGUAUCAAGGUGAUGUGGAACAGGUUGUUCGAAUUGUCAAAAUACAAAAACUGUCAAAAAUCACCGGCAAAUCUGAGGGGUUUUGUGAAAGAACUUUGACACACUGUUCUUGGGAUUUAAAUCGAGCAGCUGAAUACAUUUUUCAAAAUUUUGAGGAGGAAAAAGUAUAAACCC